AUGAAGUUCUCUGCCGCCAUUCUCACUCUUUCGGCCGGUUUGGCCACUGCGACGCCUGUCUUUCGCGCCCCUGCUCCUGGUCGACAUGUCUCUCGAUCCAUCAAGAAGCGGCAGGUUCCCCAGGAACACUCCCACGACUUUGUCUUGACCAUCACUGGCGAGAUGCUCAGGCUCAACAACCCCAAGGAGAUUCAGGACCCCGUCUUUGGUCUCUUGGGUGAUGCCGCUGCAAAGGAGGGUGCAGGAAGCGUCACGAACCUCGCUUGUCUGAAGCAGGAGACUGCUGAUCAAGCUUUCACCAACGCCAAGGCGAUUGGCGAUCUUCGCGGUAUGGCUGGUGCACUGCUCUUCCAGGCCAUUGAGCGCAACACUGCUGGUGUUGGUGUUGCCAGCAAGCUGUGCGAUGAAGCAGCCGUCAACCCCGAGAUUGGAGCUCUUACACAGCAUCAAGAUGCCGCUUCUACUGGUGCCGGUGCUAUCAACAAGGCUGUUACUCUGGAGCUGGCGAAGCAGCUGGCCGGUAUUGGUGCUGACCCUAACUUGGCUCUGCUGAGUGGUACUUUCGCGCCUGGAGAUACCAGCGAUACCACUGGAAAGGGUAACUCUUGUGACGAGGAAGAACCCGAUCUUGGCUGCAUCUUCUCCCAGGGCCUUCUAGUUCUGGACGCGACAGAGGAUGAGAUCUCUUCCGCCGUUGCCGAUGUUACACCAACCUUUACCGGAACAGGCGGCAUCUUUGCCACUGACCUGGUUGACCUUGCUUCAUUCUCUGUCGCCUCUGGCACCGAGGUCGCUGAUCUUGCUACCAUCGUCAACGGAGCGGCUUCUGGCGCUGCAUCCGCUACUGGUGCCGCAUCCGCUACCGAUGCUGCCAAAGCCACUGCUACCGCUGAAGCACCGGCUGCUACCAACACUGGUAAAGCUGCUGAAAAGACGGCUGGUGCUGGUGCUGGAAAGGGAUGCAAAGCCAAGUCAAAGACCGCCGCCAGCGCAACUUUGACCCCCCUCCCCAGCCGCACAUCAGGCGCCAGUGCCAAGGCUACCGGUGCCGCCAGCAAUGCUCAGGGUGUGAACGUCCAGACCUUCACUGGUACACUUGGCGGAGCACCUCCCCCCGUCAUCUCCUCCAACGCCGAGAAGCCUUUCUCCGUCAACGGUAACACAUUCAAUGGAGAGAGUGUUGCUCUCGGUCGAUCUUGCGAUAUUCAGCACAAUGCUUGUGCGGAUGCUGCCAACUCUGGUCAGCUUUCGGGAGGCGUUGGGCAAUGCGAGACCCAGUUGGCUGCCUGUCGCGCUGCCAUUCAGUAA